AGGCCCGCAGGCAGGAAGCCCAAAGAGAAGCAGAAAGAAGAAAGCCAAGAGGCUUGAUCUCGUAGUUACAUUGACGACCGCGGCGGUAGAAAAGUGAAUGGUUCAGCAGACAAGACAGCCUGUAGUUGUGGCUUGCUGUCGAGGUAAGUAAUAGUAUCAGGGCCCGAACAGGAACAUCGCACAUGUGCGGCACGACUUGGUCUUCUGCGAAAUGAAGAGCGCGCCGAUUUGCACGGUCAAACUUGAUUCUCCGGCCGAAGUGAUCGCUCCAUGCAGCGCCGGAGUGAAUACGAAUUUCGUUGUAGGCGGUCUAUCAAGGCAAAAUGAAUGAGCUGCGUCUUUGCCAGCACAGAAGAUGAAUGUGUCUCAGAAGUUUGAGUUCGUCACGCAGAAAAAUGCAUGACGCUGAGCCUCAGCGUGAAAUAGAACCUGAUCAACGCUAGCAAUUCGUCGCGUGGUUCUUUGGCCUACGAAAAUCUAACGCGCGCUUCUCACACAAAACUAAAGGGCAAAAAUUGCAAAAUUCUCACACAAAACCAAAAGUGAUCGACGACGUGAUCGUUCGCUGUUUUCUCCUCAUACAGACGCCGCGCACUGCAAUUCGUCCGAUUGACACAGAAGGGACCAGAUGCGUUUGGGCAGGAGGAGCGCAUUCGCUUUCUCGCAGACACAAAUCAGAGCAGUUCAAAUGAAAGCGACUUUUCGCUCGCAAAUACUUCGAGUGGCUCUCUUGGCCCGCAGUCCUGGAACGAUGAGGUCGCGCAAUUAUCCCUGGGUGGCUCCAGUACGACUGACGCGCGCUUUCCCGUGGCACACUUCGGCGGGCCUUCCGGUGGUUUUCGGUCCGUGACAGCCGAGCACCAUCGAGGACUAGGGCCUCUGGGAGAAUUUCGGAAUCGCCUGCAUGCCGAGGUGCGAACAGGGUGCUUGCGGGCUCGAGUGCAAUCAGCUGCUGCGCUGCGCGAUAGCAGUUUGGAGAAUCUUACAACUGGGGACACAGUUUUACCUUCUAAUUUUCCUGCGUCUAGUACUACGUCGAACUAUCCGUAUGCGCAGAUAUCUGGCACGAAUAGUGCCAUUUGGCGGCUUAAGAAAAGCACUACAGGAGAGAAACGGGUGACAGGAGCUUCCGCACAUGCGCGCCGUGGUGUGCUUGGGCACUCCACCCCCGUAGCAUAUUCACGCCCAAACAUCGAAGCGCGUGAAUGCGCCAGCCGGGAUGUUGCGCGGCUUUCUCAUUCCACCUCCAGCAAUGAAGACCUGCAGACCAAGGCAGAACAAGAAAUCAAAGCAGCUGUCAUCCCAAGCAACUGCUCAUCAGAAGAAGUAAGGCAAAUUUUCCAAAAACCGAGAAACAGAAGUUUGACCGAGCAAGAUCAACCGCACGCACGUGCAUUUCCUUUUUCAGUUUCACAAACCGAUGGAGGUGUUGCUCCAGGAACCCCCGGGAGCCAACCUUUGCUGCGAAAGUUGGGGCACGACUUCGACGAAUGCGACAACUGGUCGGUUUUCGGGCUGAACCGCCGAAAGACACGUUCUGGCGGAGCCACUUCCAGCUUGCCGUUCAGCUGGGGCGGUUUGCAGCGGAGUGGACAGCAGGAUCAACCGCCGGACGUGCAGUACUUGUUUGUGCAUUGAUUUCGUUCCUCGGACGUUACGUGACUGCGGAACUGAGCAGCGCCAUUUCUUGUAUGUUUAAGUACAUGAAUUGACCGAAAAGUGGCCGUCCCAGCACUUUUCACACGCUUGGGCGGGGGCGUGUGCAAAGUCGGACGGAGAAAAGUAAGUUCCGUUCCACGGUUUAUCCACAGAGCGGGUGAAAAGCAAAAGAGGUACGGGUGAAAAGCAAAAGAGGUACGGCAGGAUUUGUUACGCCGCUCUAGUAAAGCCGUUUGCAAUCCUCGGGUAAAUUUCUUUCAGAAUGAAAAGUGGCAUGCGAGCAGGACUGGCUAGUAACUCUGCGCCCACAGAAAGCCGACUAUCGCUUCUAGGGCGCGCUAGUACUUGUUGUAGAGGGACGAGCUUUAAUGUCGUGAAUCCGCUUCAACAAUCCAAAUUCAAGGGGAUGCCCUUCCAUGCCCCGUGGUGUGUGGGACGGCAGCGGUUCGGUGCGAUUUUUUGGACCACGUCGCCCGGCCCUCGGGUCACAUUCCCGGCCCAGAUAGUCGCUGAUGUAGUACGGAUCCAGCUGGCGUCGACGCUUCUGUCGUGCCCCUACGGCCGCGCACACGGUUUCGUUCGCGACACAGAGAGUCUGCGGUAUUGGGUGCCCAGAGGCAAGGACACUGAUGGCAGCGGCCCGGUAUGGACGUAGUCUUUGUCAGAACGAGCUGACCAGCGCGACCAAGGAGGCCCGCUGCGAUUAGGAAAAGUGAAGCGGCCAGGAUGGGCUGCCUGCCUGUCUCAGAAUACACGGGCAGCGGCGGAGGCAGGUUCGCGCGACUUGGGGAGCCCACUUAGUGCCUGGCGUUCUGUCUUGGAUGGGUGUGCUCCGCCUGCUGCCGCAGGUGGCGCAGAUUUUUUUGCGUCGACGGCCAGUCGCAAAGUGUUGGGGCCGACUACCGUCGUGGGGCCCGAACGGGUGCUGAAUUCGUAGGCCCGUGCUGGCCGGCUGUUCGUCGAGUCUUGGGAAGUUUCUGUCCGAAUUUUCAACAAGGCCAAGGCGCUUUCCCAUCCUUUGAAGGCCGGCGCCACCGCCAGUGCGUCGCCUCCCCUUGCCCUUGCGGCGUUGUCGCGUGUUUCUCUGGUUUUCUUUGAAACUCAGGAAAAGCUGGGCCGAGUCUGGGUCUUCGGAGGUCCGUUGCUAUGCUUCCGAGCAUUUGAGGGGCGUUUGCGCCGCUGCCGCUCUUUGCGAAUUGAAGAACGAAGGUGUAAGGUUCAAGGCCCGAACUACACGGAGCGCCCCCGCCUCUUUUUCUACCCCCGUCCUUUCGAUCUGCCCGCGCCCUACUAUUGCUGCUCCGCGAGGUUUCAGGGGUUGGGCCGCCCCGUUCCGCGCGCAUGUCUUUGCCCGCGUAAGUUAGUCCGUGGCGGCCGGCAUUGUGUUUGUGGCGUCGGCACUUUCCUCAGCAGAGUUGCGUCCUGUGUCUUCGGGGCGAAGGUCGUUGCCCUGUCUUAGUCUCCUUCCAAAUUUCGGGCACUGUGCGAGACAUUUCGUUUUUGCUGAAAGCUUACAGAGAGCGGACGGAAUUUGCCACCGCGCGCGGGGCCCGUUCUUCCAAAGCCUAUCCGGGCUAGCGGCGGGCGUUGUAAUAUGUUCCGCGCCCGGCAGCCGAGUGCGUGGCUCCGGGUCCUCUUUGUAGCCAGCAAACAAAGUUCUUUAGGUGCGAUUGCCAAAAAGGGAGCCGGCCUCUUCCUCUGCGCGUUUCAGGGUGUUCAAGUUUUGAUAACGUCAUCCAACAUUCCGCCGCUGCGGGUAUUUCAUUCUAGGAGGGCGGGGCAAUAUGGUUUCAUCCAGUAAGCGCGCAGGAUAUAGGCUCACCAGCUGCACCAGGCACGUUAACCUUGCCCGUGCUUCUGGUGUGGACCUCAGCACGCGCAACCGCAAUGUCUUCGCGCUACGUGUUGGUUCCCGUAAAUUUCGGGGCCUUCACCCACAUUAUGUAUGAUUAUGAUUAUGUAUAAGUAUGUCAUGAGGUAGUACAACUAUAAAUAAUUGGCAGGCAGUGUGCGUUCUAGUGCUAGAGGAAUCAAUGAUAAACGGCAUCAGGUACUGUAUCUCAAUCGAGCGGAAUCUUCAAGCUCGCCUUCGGCUUGCCACAACCAGCGUAUGCUUACGAGCCGCUGAGGUGUUAAAUCUUCACAAUUUGGCUAGGCUCUUUUGCGCCAAGACUUGAACACGUGCAUACAUCAGGCACAGACGCCCGGCUAGCGAAAGCGUGAAGGAGAAAAAUGCGAGGACGGAACGAAACACCAAGGUUGCGCGCGGGCCCCGCUCUCAUCCUUCCUCUAGCCAGGAGGCGCAGGGAUGCGUGGGGUCGAGGCUUUCGUGCGGGCGGUGAUGGUUCGCGCGGUCUUGUUUACAAGGAUCGACCUCCGGGCCCGACCAUUAUAGCAAGGAACCUGGGCUGCACCGCAGGGCUUUGGCCAGAUCCUGAAGCACGAUCGACGUGCGCGGUGCGUGGCGUGUUUUUUUGGAGAGGCCCAGGACCCCGCGGGAAAGUUUGGGACUUUUUUGGCCGAGGCCGCCCCUUCCACUAUCUGGGAAGGCCUCUUUCGAGUGCCCCAGCAAAGUGCGGCCUCGCCUUAUUUCCCGGGAUCCAUCCGGAGCUCGUGGCGGGGCCCGUUGUUCACGGGGGCUCCGGAUAUGUCGAAGCCGCACCCCGGGCGCCUUCUGGUAUCAUUCACGGACUACAUGCGCUGCAGCUGAAACAAACAGGCGACGGCGGUGCUCGCUGGUUCCAGCCUGCGGGCGCCUGCCACUUCCUUGUUCUGUUUUCCGCGGAAGGGUCAAUCGCAAAGGCCGGCGCGCGGGCCGGAUAGAUAGAAGUAGGGUACCAAGUUUGCAUUAUUUUGUUGCCCGUGCGCCCUGCCUAGCGUCGCUGGUUUUGUGUGCAUGUUGCCACUCGCGAGAACUGCAACUGCCUGCGCGCCGGGCUAUGAAGCAGUGGCGCAUGACUGCAACGCGUACGCGUAGUUUGUGUGGUCUGGGAUGGGUCAAUGACAAAGCGAGAAUGUGCCACGCCCACGUCUUGCAUGAGCUGCAUUAUGCGAUCGCGCGUUGCGACUACAGGCAUUUGUCAGUGCCGUGGGCCAUCAAGGGCUCCCUGAGAAAUUUUAAGUUUCGAUAAUGCUGGAAGAGGAAGAUUCAAUAGUACCUGAGCGCGCCAUAUUGUUUCCACCCUGCUAGCGAGGGCUUUGUAGCCUCCUCCUCCGCAAACGGAAUGCUCUGCCUGUGGGACGUAGCGCAAAGCGGGUCCUACUCUCCUCUGCUCACCAAAUGGAACGCAGGCACGAGGCAGAUAAAUAGCAUCUGCUUCCUGCCACCAUCGGGAUCCACCAUGAGCCUGGUUAGCGCGGACGCUGCAGGUGCCGUGAAGCUCUGGACUCUGCCAGAUCCCACACAAGAGAUAGGGUGAGUUUUCAAAUAUAGUUAGUAACUUUAGUUUAUAUGUCGUGUACCAAGUAUGUAUAACUCCAUUCCUACGUUUUGACCUCCUGCUGCACAUCGCAUCAUAUGCGUGUUCCGCAGCUCCCCUGCGUUGUUUCGUCCUUCUUGAUCUACUAGAGCACAGUAGCAACUCCCUCCGUUUAUUGAUGGCUUCGUCGUCUCCAUAAACAGUUCCUGGCUCGCCUGAUAGUUUCCCAGCUCUGCCUCCCAACUAUCAAAGAAGCUUGUGCUCGCCUUCUAUUUCCGAACAGAACGCGAGUUUGCCCAUCUUGCAAUGCGGCCGCAGCCCAGGCGUGAAUCAGCGGAAGGCCCUACAUCGUCUGCAGUGAAACGAUGCGAAUCUUGAUCGCUCUCGCUGUUUGCCGGUUGUGUGCAGAGUCCCAGCGCUAUCUUGCACGAAGAUGGAUCAUGGAUGGAAUGCGUAGAGUGGCGCUUUUGCCUAUGACUCAAUCCCUUGCUCGGUAGGCAGGCGCAGAGCUGCGCGUCUUUCGCGACGUGGCACGCGAGCACGAAUGGCGGAAAGCAUUUGGCGGGGCCGCCCCAAAGGUAUCCGAGUAGAUCAGGCACCCUGGCCAGACCAGGUGGGCCAGGUACUGUAGACCAGGUACCCGGUGCGCCGGGUUGUCAGCAACCACGUCUGCCGCGCACUCCGGCCGUCUGACGCCCGUUCUGGCCGUCUGACGCCGCCCGGCGGCCGUUUGGCGCCAGGUUUGGCGGCCUGAACAGGAAGCGCAUCCUCAUAAGUACAUAGAAAUAGCUAAUCAGCUAAUACGUUUGCAGGUACUACGAGAUCGAGACCGACCCGGAAGGCUCUGAGCGAUGGGGCCGGGAGUACUUUAAAAAACUCGGCGAGCGGCCGUGGCAGCGGGUGCAAGAGAUUACCGACGGGGAGGCGCGCUUGAUGAAGAGGUGCCCCGUCAAAAGCGUGCACUCGCAAAAGCUAUCGCAGUCAACGACGCAGCUGCUGUUAAGAGUGGCCUCUUCUGUUAACGCACUCAGCGGGGAACGUUUCAAAUAGAAGUCUACCAAUAUUUGCAGUGGCCCAAGCUUUCAGAGCGUCCGUAGCUUGUCAGCGGUGGAGCCAUCUGGGCCGCGCGUUCCUGCGAUGGCCCAGGGAGCAGCGAUUUCGGGGUGGAAAAUGAUCUGAAGCGCGGCGCGCCAUAGGGCUCUGUUUUUAUUUCGAUCCGCCCGGCUGCGGCCUGCUAUGUUCCGUAAAGAGCGGCGCGCCGCUCUUUGUUUUCACCAUGCGCGGGGGGCAGCGCGUUCUAUCAGCUUGCUAAGAUUGGGCGGCGUCCCCAAGGUUUGCCAGAACUCGGGGCCGGGCGAAGCCCCGCGGCGCCUUUGAGAAAAGGCGGGGAAGGGUUUCCCGGAAUGGUCUAUGAAACAAAUUCAGGUGGGCGGCCGCCGCCAGAUUUGCCCUCCUGCUAGACCCCGGCUGACAAAAUGCCACAAGAACGAAAGCCGAAGCGCCCGCCGCCCGCCGGACCACUCUCCUUAGCUUUUUUCGAAACGUCGCGCCGCCCGGCUAAAGAGAGGCUGGCGCGGCCGGAAGGCUCCCCCGGCUGUGGCACAACCUCGGCCACCGCUCGCCGACAUUCAUCUGCCUCCGCGCCGCGCCAGGAAUGCCCGCGGGCCGGCCUCGUGAUUGCCCUGCCAUGCCGCGUUUGCUCAGUUUGCCAGCUGCGUAGCCCUUGCCUGCGCAGGGGCCCGGGCCCUGGAGAAAGGAAAAGUAAUUUGUUGAGCCUCGGAAAAACCCUAGAAGUUCGCGCGUGAACAUCUUGGACAAACCCGAAAAAGUGUCGGAAGGUAGGGGCGAGGCUAAAGCCUGGGAAAGCCUGCCGCAGGGAAAAGCUUUGAUUGGCAGGAAAGUGGAUCUUUGGCACUACCACGCCGCUAAGUUUGCUACUUAUUCGCAGCAGGAAAACCGGAGUUCGAAUCCCGGGAGCUGAAGGGCUUCUAGCGGGGCUCCGAAGUGUCCUACGCCUGGAUCUUUUUACAAUAAUUGCCGCGGGUCGGAAGCCCCGCCCCGCGCGGGGAGGUCGCGGGCUGGAGUCUUUUUCGGAGGUGCGAGGACCCCCGCGGGGCAAGCUUUUUCGCGUUCCGGCAGUGCGGCGCGCAGCAGGUUCGCCCGAUCCCCCGCGGGGGCUUCUGCGGGGUGGGCGUGCCACGAACGCGGGGGCCGCAUAUCGCAUAGCCCCCUGGCACGGCCUGCGAGCCCCCCGGGCCCCACGGGGCGUGGCUUUUUGAGGUAUUACGCCAGCGUCGGGCGGCAUGAAAACAAAAGCCCGGCAACGGCAAGCCGGGCGGCCCCCGCCCUCCUGGCGUGGCUGUUCGCGGGAGCGCCGCUGCUCCUCCGUAAAAGCAGCAGGCAAGCAAGCGGCGAGCGUGAAGUCGGGCAGGGGCGAGAUUCAUUCCGGAAAGCACCGGGGAGAAUAUUGCUGGGCAUCCGCUUGGCCACAGGCUGGCCCGCUUCGGGGCGAUGUUGACCGCCCGAGGCCCGCGGCCGUGUCGGGUGGAGGGCCGAAGGAACAUCGCGUCGGCGGAACUGUUUGGCAAGGUUUUGGCGGGGGCCUGGAUAGGUCGCGGGGGGAUUUUCCGGAAGGCCCGGGAAGAAGUUCCGGCAUGAGGGCGCUCCGGACAAUUUUUCCGGAAAGCGACUGCGCCCCAUAUCUUCUGGCAUUGCUUGCGCAUUUCCCUCGCGGGCUGCCCCCGCCAAUACAGAAAGAUCGCAAAGGGCGCUCGGCUGCGCUCUCCAGUGCCAGAGGACUGGGGACCCCGCCGAGGCGCUUGGAGAAUUUGGCAAGGUUUCGGAAACAAUUCCCCGGCGAACGCGUUGGCAGAUGUCCCAUUUGUAAGGCUGACAGCACACGAGGACGGGUCCGUUCUGCUGUAUGAGGGAAGCGCCUCCCGCUUUGCCAGAAAGAGCGCCUAUCUUGUCAGUUCAGGCCAAGCAGUGUACUCAGUUCGCUUCAGUCCCGGCAUCCCGCAUAUGUUUGCGGCUGGCACCCGUGACAAGAAGAUUACGGUUUUUGAUGCUCGGGAACAAGGCAAAAAACCGUGCACGCAGAUCAAAGUGGGCUGCCCCGUCAGCUGCAUUCGCUGGCGACCCCUGGCGAAUGAUCCUCACGUCCUUGCUACGUGCAGCAAUAUUAUGGACCAUCAAAUUCUUGUCUGGGAUAUGAGUCGCAAGGUCGUUGUACUCGGCAAAACCCGCACGGCGAAAGCAUGCUUAUUGAUGUCAAAUGCCAGAAGCGCGCCUAUGCGUUUCCACUUAGGUUGACAAACGAGGAGAAAUCCGAGGCCGUGCUCCGGAAGGGGGAACGAAAACCGCGAGGAAAGGGGUGGGGAAGUUGGGUAAAAAAGGCAAAGGCAGCACUAGGGUUUGUUUUUACGUGUCUGAACCGAGCUGAAGGCUUAGGGCACUGCAUUCCUGCGCCAGGCGCUAGGCACUGCCGCCGCGGCUAGUUUCCGGGCGAGCGGUUUGCUAAAUCCACCGGAAUUGGUGCCACCCGCCCCUCCGCGUGGCCCUCCUAAUGUUGCCCGCGGGCGCGGAGCGGCCGGGAGGAUUGAACCCCCGCAAGUGCCGCGACACUGGCAGUGCAUGCUGGCUGGGGUUUGUGCGCGCCCCCCGGCCGCUUUUUGCCGGUGCCCGCUCCCGUGCCUAUGGUAUAGUCACGAGGGGCAAAGCAAAGGGCCUCCAGGACGCGCGCUACGCGACCGGCAGCUAGCCACGCUUUUGCGGCCGCCCGGCCCAGGCGCUUUGCCUGUGCCGCCCCCCCAUUCCGAAGAAACGGUGCCGGCCGCACCAGCUCCCCGCCCCCGGCGGGCUUUUUGUCCGGUAGCGUUGGCGCGCCUCCUUCGCGCAGGGCAGUGCAAGCGCCACCACCCCUGCGGCCGGCCUUGCUUUUUUCGUUCGCCAUGUCGCCCAGUGCCAAAGAAGCCUGCGGCGGGCCUGUUUUCUUUCGCAGCUCAUACUGGGCCACUGCAGCGCGACCGAAGUCGCUUGCUUCGCCACUUCGCCGAUUAUGAAAAUCUCGGCCGGCGCACGUUCCGGAAAGCCUCUCCAAAGAUGGCGCCCCCGCUUUUCGGGUCAGGCGGCGGGCGCGCUCCGUUUGUCUGCGCCUUCGGAUGCCGGCGAGGGGGCAUGCUUGCGGGGCGGGGAAAGCAAGCGGGGGACGCUCGGCAGCGGGGUGCCCGACUGACAAGGCUAGCGCCUGAGGUGCGACAGGGCGUGUGUCGGGUCAGUUUGCGGGCUAGCCUGCGGGAGUGGAUUUGGGCGGGGCGGUGGCCCGGGGCCGGCGGGUAGGGUUUUGGGGCCAUGCUGCCGUGUCGUCAUCAGGGCAGGGAAGCGCGGUCGGCUUGCUGCCGGGGCCCCCGUACGUCCUUCGUUUGGGGCGGCUCGCUCCGCAGCUGGUGGGCGGUCGAGCUUGGCUUAAGGCGAUCCCUAUGGUAUCAGGACCAGGAUGCUGAAAAAAUACGUACCGCGCAAACCAGAUAGGCCCCCGCAACCGAGACAAAAGGGGGCAAUCGGGCGAUCCGCCCGGCCCGGGAGGUUCGCUUCCGUCGUGAUUUCGCGGACUCGCGUUAGGCAGUCGCUUUUCCAGAAAAAUCUGUCGCAGAAACAGUGCGGCGCCCUGCUCCUAUGUAUUGACGCCGCCGCUGUUGGCAGGCCCAACCCGGGUAGGAGCCAGCGGCGUGCCUGGCGCCGUCGUCGUUGAUUGGUGCAACUGCUGAACGAAUGGCAAUCCGCAAGCACAAAAACCCUGCGUGCGUGUCUCGGUGUGUUGUGUGUUGUGGGGCACCUGCGUGCUUUCGUGACCGUGCCGCGUCGCUUUGGCCGGUUUUCCACCUUAUAACGAACAUGCGAGCAACUUCCCUUCCCGUCUUUGUUUUCAAUUCACAUCGAAAGAGCGAGUUCGUGGGCGACUUCUUUUGGGCAUCUCCGGACCAUAUUGUAAGCAUGAGCGCGACUCCGACUCAUUUAUUUUUUUCUCUGUUUAUCUUUAUUGCUCUCAGGUAGAUUGGGUCGCGGCCGCAGCUCCUCGCCUGCCGGCGCGCGAGAGAAACAUCGAGCAAGCGGAAGCAGCACGAUGGGCCAUGCGAUUUCAGUUGCAGAGAAGCACAGAGGAGAGAAGCAGGGGGGCGCCGUGGGAGUGCGCAGAGUUGCAGCGCCUGCUGCCUGCCACCUGGGAGUGCGUCUGGCUGCUGCCACAGUAGCCAGGAUCCUGGUGGGCACGCAGCAGACUCUUUCUAGGCUGACUCGCUGCUGCUUUCUUGGGCUCUUAAUUAAAUGGCCAGCUUAUCGCCCUGUGGCAGAUUGCCCCUGCAAAGAGCCAGCGACUAUGGGAAGCGCCUGGCUGGGACGUCAACCAAAGCAGCGAACCUACAUGGCUCGUCGCGCGCCUUGGUUCUAGCGCCUGAGGUGCCGGCCCCCCGCCGCCGAUCGGCCGGCGGCUGCCCCGGGUUUUGCGUUUUUUCAGGCGGACGACCCGGGGCGGGCUUCUGAGGUAGGCAUCCCCUAGUUUUUCGCUAAAUUGAUGAGGGGCCCGGGCCGAUUCCCGGGCCCCGCGUGCUUGCCGGCCCAGGCCGAGAUUUUAAUUUGGGCCGGCCCCAUUGCCCCCGGGGCCCCCUAGCCGCGGAUCGAAAGGGGCCUCCGAAGUGGCCGGCGGGGCCGCCCAUGCGUGCUCUGUUGCAGGCUGGGACCGAUUGCGCCAGCCCUUCGUGAGGUCGGUGGCAGCAGGAAAAGUUUUGGUGAGGCUUUGGGAGUGUUCGCGGCUCCUUGGCCGCCAAAAAAAAAGGCGGGACAAUUACACUCCAGCUACAUUCGAGCGAAGCCCCGGCCGAAAUCCGGCAAAUCGGCCAAAGGCCCGGCCAAGUCGUUGCCAGCUAGUACAUUCCCGCGAGGCAGUAUUGAAACAGGCGCACAGCGAUGCACCGGAUACGUGGAAAAGGGGAAGAAUUUCGUCCCGGGACCCGUCGGGCACCCUCGGGCGCCCCGAGGGACCCAAUUCAGAUCAGCGCCCGGCAGUGUACCUGAAGGCGGGCGGCACUUUUUUCGCCGCCCCAGGCGGCGAAGGAGACAAAGGGCCGGAAGGUAGCAGAAUCGGAAGCCGGGGGCCCGGCCGGCAUUUCUUGAAAGGGCCGGCGUGGUUUGCAAUAGAUACCGGGCCCAGUGGCGCGGCGGCGCUUGCAAUACCGGGGUCGGGAAGCGGGACACGCCGCGCGCGGGCCAGGGGCGCUCCGAAGCCACGCAGCUGCCGCAACAUGGGGGCGCGUGGCGCCCGGCCUGCUCGGUUCCGUCGCGCGCCCGGAGUGGUUGGCUUGGCUGGUUCCGGGGAGGUCGUAGAAUUCCACAGAGCUUCGCAAUUUUCAGCAAGAAUAGCCGGGCCCGAGGGCGGCGCGUGAAGGAGUGCCGCAAAAAGUGGAGCUGGGACACUUGGGGGGGCGCGGCCACAGAGCGCCCUCCUCCUUCGCCUGUUGAAGACCGGGGGCGACCGGUUGGCGCCGAAAUUGCUCCGCAGAAGAGAAUGCCGGGCGGCGAGCUCCUUCGCGAGCAGUAGCGAUUCGCGCUCGUGCUUGGCGCGCGCCCGCACGAGGCGCGUUCUCAUCCUCCCGCGAACAGGCCAUACAAGGAUGCGCGUGACAACUCGCGCCGGCGUGCGGCGCAACCUAUCGAACCGUGCCCGCGCUUCGGUAUCGGCAUCGCCUACCGGGCGCGAUUUAGUAGGGGGCGCCUCGAUCCAGCGCAGUUUUGCGCCCCUGGCCUCACACACACGCAGCCGCGCCCCUUUGGAAAUAAUUCGGCGGGCUACCCCCCGACACCCACAGCGAAGAAAAGGCACUUGAACGAGGGGGGGGCGUCGAGGUGUUGGACCCGCGGGGUGAAGGCGCCCGGCGCCCCAGGAAAGGGCCGCGCCCGUUACGGGUGAUACUUUCUUGCCCAGUGGGGCGUCAUGACGCGUAUGGCGAAGUAAGGGCAGGAGGUAGUGGCGCAACACGAAGGGGCCAGCGCAGCAGCUGCGUUGCAGUCUUGCGCGCGUUUUUUAUCCCCUGCCGCAUCCUAUCGGAUAGUAUCCCUAGGGAUAGUAUCCCUACUAGGGGGCGGACCGCAGGUAGACGACAAUCUGUAGCUUCCCGGUCGCACGUCUUCUGUUGUUUGUGAUUUACGCGUGCAUGUUGUUCUUGAGACGUGCCUUGCUUGGUGCACGGAACAUGCUGGCGCCGCUUUUCAAUCAUACUCGAUCUCCCGCGCCGAAGGCAAGAAGGCGGCCGCGCUAGUGCCGCCAUCGCCGCGAUUUUAUCGAGUCGAUUGCAUACAUCAUUACUUCACUUUGCUUCAGGUGUCGACGGGAAAGGAUUCGACGAUACAACUUCACUCGCUUCGUGUAGGUUCUCACGAACCCUGGCGACACUUUUCCAACUGCAAAGCGGGCUGCGCUGGAAGCCAAGAAAUUGUUUGUGUAAGUGCGCACGUAAAGCGAAAGGGCCGCGUCGAGCUUCACAGACAGGACGAAUAUCCUAGAAUGUUGCGUGCGUUUCCCGUGGAUCUCGUCUAUGCUUCGGAUCGUCAUCGAUGGCGCCACAGGUGGCAAGGCGAGCGAGGUCUGGCGGGUAGUGCUACCAAGGCGGUGGCGUCAUCGGUUGCAUCUUCGUAUAGAAAUGCUUUCCCUGCCAUUGGUCAUCGAGAACCUUGCGGUUUCAAGCGGUUUAGCGCAUCUUUCACUUUGGAGCAUGAUCCCACGCGGUUUCUCCGUUUGGCCGUCGACGCGAAAGGUGGCGACUUCUGGAACAUAAAGCAUAUACCGGGGUUAGCUGCUUCCACAGCCUUGGCGGUGUCGCCUGCAGCUUCUUCGCUGACUUGUUCUGGCGGAGAUGCUGGCGCUGCGGUUUCAAAUAGUUCAAUGCGUGACGCACCCGAGCAGCCACAGGAGUCGAAUUGCGAUGGAACGGGGACAAGCGUGACACCAGAAAGUCACCAGAUCGUCACGCAGGAGAAGCAGAAGGAAGCCCUUCUUGCAGCUGUUGAACAUUGGCGCGCGUGGUCCGAUGACAACGGGUGCCCAGGUCAGGCCUCGACAUUUGCGGCCUUACGUGCGUGUGUUCGCGGUGAAAAUGCUCGAGGUUCGGGCAGCGUUAGUGAAGGGAGCCCUGCUAGGGUACGAUCUUCCGAACCACCGGGAAGCGGCAGUCGUCGAGUUCGUUCGAAAAGCGAAGGCCUAGAGGAGGUCGCUGAUCGCGUUUACGAGCCGUUUUCUGACAGAGGUGACCUAUCCGACAGUCUGGAUCUAUCGCGGCUCUCUGCCCUUUCGGUCUCCCAGCGGCGCCUGUUUCUACGGGUAUUCGUAGCGCAGCAGUGCGAGAACGAGGUCGCAAUGUGCAUGAUUAUCGCAGCAUUGACAGGGGGACGUCCUGAGGAGCAGGCACAGACGUGGGCAGGCUGGAUCGCAACCGCGAGUGAGAUGCUAUCGCGCUUGCGGCUCCAUUCGCUGCAGGCCUCAGUGCUAAAGCAUGUUCCCGUUUUGGACGUUGCCGGGACAUCUUCCCCGGAUGCCCGCAGCAGCUGCUUCCCAGUCGCAUGCACUUCAUGCCACACACCCUACGCGCCGCCGCUUUACGAAUACGAAUGGAGUGACGCUCCCACUCGAGAUCCUGCUUUGCCGAGGCACCUCUGCGGUCGCGCCAGCGCGAGGCCGACCACCUCUAUCAGCUUCGUGCACGAAGAACAUUCGCGGCGUGGAGAUCAAGAACCCCAGUGUCAUGCCCACAGCACGCACUGUCAAGCGCCCAGGUUGCAGCUGCAGCCGUGUGGCCGCUGCCACGCCGCACCCAAGGCAAAGUGCGCAGUGUGCGGUAAAAAAGUACGCGGGCAGUGGUUUGCAUGCCCUCGGUGCGCUAGCGGUGGGCACCUGGAGCACAUGGCCGAAUAUUUUGACCAGCACAACUCUUGUCCCUUGUGCAAGCAAACGCCAGGCACAGCCAUCCGACAAGCUUCGUGAGACGCGGCGGGCCGUAUUUCGAUGUCUCGUCUGAUGUGUGAUUUGUCUGGCUCCAUUGCCAUUGGAGUAAACAGGGAGAAGUAGCACCAAUACGACCGAACGCGCACGCGCUCGCUCAGAUGUGAUCUCAGGUUCCUUCUUUGCUUGCUCACUCAUCAUAAUUGUAUAAACUACGCAGGCGGAGGCGCUAGGAGAAAAGCAUUCGUGACUGAGAGUGUAAUUGGGACCAGGUGGUACGUACUCGGGUGUGCACCCUUCUUCUGUGAGACUCCGGCAGGCAGAUAGCCAGAUGGCCAAAAUAAACGACAGGAACGCACUGUGCCACAGGUGAGAUGAGUUGAUAUGGCUGCCAUACGUGAUUUUGCUAGUGAAGGCGAUGGGCACGAGUCCAUCUGUAGGAUUGUGAAGAAACACGAGGCUAAAGUGUGACUGCGGGUGUAGUUCUAGUGGACAGCGCCAACAGAUGAAAGACAACGAAAUACCAAGACCACGACAGACACCGCUUAGGCUCUGGCGACUGAAACAGCAGGAGGUUCGUGCUUUUCCAUUGUGUACGUACCUACUCGAGAGCAACCGGCUUUUUUCCUUAUUGUUAUUACAUACAGAUACUAAUACUUAUACAUCCCCCAAAGCACGCCCCCCGAAUGAAGUACAUUGGUUGACCCUCGUUGUCUCCUUCUUGGUUAAUCAGUAAACAGAGAUCCUAAUAUGUCAUGAGCCGCCAAUCACCGCCUAGUUCCCGUCCCGUCCCUCUACACUGCUCUAUCCUAGUCGUGUGCCAGGCUGCGCACAGAUGUAAACCCGCUCCUGUCUAUCGAGGGUUAGAGUAAGAGGCUCCGCCAAUCACCACUAUACUCCAGCUCCAGCUCUACCACUUAAUGUCAAUCUCAAACUAAGUCCCCGG